UCAUUGGUUCUCUGGAACUAUAAAGCAUGCUCAUCCAGAAACAGCCUCAGAUUUUUCUUUCCUGGAGAUAGCCAGAAGUGAAUGGGCAUGGAGAGGCCGGCGGCUCGGGAGCUGCAGGGCGCAGACGCGCUGCGCCGCUUCCAGGGGCUGCUGCUCGACCGCCGCGGCCGGCUGCACGGCCAGGUGCUGCGCCUGCGCGAGGUGGCCCGGCGCCUCGAGCGCCUCCGCCGGCGCUCCCUGGCGGCCAACGUGGCGGGCAGCUCCCUAAGCGCCGCGGGCGCCGUGGCCGCCAUCGUAGGGCUCUCGCUCAGGCUCUCGCUCAGCCCGGUCACCCUGGGGGUGUCGCUGGUGGCGUCGGCCGUGGGACUGGGGGUGGCCACCGCUGGAGGGGCCGUCACCAUCACGUCCGACCUCUCCCUGAUCUUCUGCAAUUCCCGGGAGCUGCGCCGGGUGCAGGAGAUCGCCGCCGCCUGCCAGGACCAGAUGCGCGAGAUCCUGAGCUGCCUGGAGUUCUUCUGCCGCUGCCAGGGCCGCGGGGACCGCCAGCUGCUGCAGUGCGGGCAGAACGCCUCCAUCGCCCUCUACAACUCUGUCUACUUCAUCGUCUUCUUCGGCUCACGUGGCUUCCUCAUCCCUAGGCGGGCCGAGGGGGCCACCAAGGUUAGCCAGGCCGUGCUGAAGGCCAAGAUUCAGAAACUGGCCGAGAGCCUGGAGUCCUGCACCGGGGCCCUGGACGAACUCAGCGAGCAGCUGGAAUCCAGAGUCCAGCUCUGCACGAAGGGCGGCCGCGGCCACGACCUCAAGAUCUCUGCUGACCAGGCCGCGGGGCUGUUUUUCUGAGAACAUCCUUUCCCCCUUGUGAGCAAGGCCAGAAUCCAUCCCCAUGGGAUGCUCCAGCUUAGGUCCCACAGGAAAACACCAAGUUGGAUUCGGAGCUGAACUGAAUGCAAAGGAUGAGAAAAACUGUUCUUGAAAUUGAGGGGGAAGGAGGGAGUCCUCACAGACCUUCUUUCCCCAUCACUAGGGCAGCUUGCCUGGGGUUGAGUGCUAGGGACUUUUUACUGGCCUAAUCCUAUGGGCUAGGUGACCUGAAAACUAUUUUUUCUUUAUGCAAACCGUUUAGUCUCCACAACGGUGGGCGCUACUGUUUUAAAGUUGUUUCAGGGUCCCUGCCACAGUGUCGGUGGUGUGAGCAAGUUGGGGAAGGCACCUUGCAGCCACCUUCUGGGUCCUCUCCAAGCCCCACUAGGCUUUGCGGUCCUCUGAAUGCCUGUGAGAGGAGACACUAGCUUUGAAACCUCUCUUUCAGGGUUUCUGAGUAUAAAAAACUCCAGAAUCCAGAGCAAAUCAGACCCCCUCUGAACUAGCAGGCUUUACAACCCAAGAGUGUCCUCUCCCACAGAUGUGUCCUUCCCUCCUCUCUACUUGUACACACUCACAAAUCCAGCCUCCCACAGAGUGGGUCUUCCUGGGUGGGGGAGGAAUCAUAGCCACACCUCCAGAUACUCUGGGAAGGAAACCAACUAAAUGGUCCUCUAACUCCUGCUCUCUCACCACAAGAAGCGGAGGGCAAGGAAGAUGAUGUGACUAACAGCUUCAUUUGCUGACAUCCCAAUGUACAGAAGAGAGCAAUGGCUUUGAGUUAGACAGUCCCGGGUUUGUUACUGGCUCUGUUGCUCCCGUGUGACCUUGGCCAGUUCAUUUCUCUGACACUCGGCUUUCUGAUCUGUAAAACAGAUGCUAAAACCUCACCCUGUUGUGAGGUAUUAAGUGAGAUUAAACUGCCAAGCCCAGUGUCUGGCUCACACGUGUGGCCCCCCGAUUGGCGACAUUACAAUCACCUGGGAACUUGUUAGAAAGGCAAAUUCUUGGACCCAAGUGUCAAUUUAAGGGAUCAGAAACUGGGGGUGGGGCCCAGCAACCUGUGUUUAAACAAGCCCAUGGAAGAGAUUCUGAUAGCUAUUAAGGUUUGAAAACCACUGCAACCGACACUGGUAUGUGAUCCGCUCAUGAGCAUUCAUGAAGUCUUAUGGCCUCUCUGGGGGCUCCAUGGUCUAAAGAGUCAUUCACAGAAGGUCAAGGACAGACAGUGUCCCAAAAGUAAAAGAAAGAAUGUGUUUGUGCGUGGGAUAGGUCCGUGCAUCCUGGGGCAAUUUCCCACCAUGUGAAGUAAGGGAUAUAACAUAAUAACCCCUUUAGAGGGCAGUGUUGCCCAGUCAUUGUAGAAACUGGUACCUAAAGGAAUGUGAACUUCAUGCAAAUUGACCUUUGUCACCUUCUAUGAAGACUGCCAGACCAUGUAUUUUGUUUUUAAUUUAUUUUAAAUUUGUUAUUUAAUUACCGUUUCUUACUUGCAUUUAAUUUUAUUUAAUCACCACACCACAUAUAGGAAGUAAUAGGAAUAGCAAGUUUCUGAAUGGGAGACUACGUGCGCUCUUUUAAGGAGAUGAGGUUGAGUUUGCCUUCCUUACACAGCUCCUGAGCUGGAAAUAGCGCUCUCCUUGAAUAAGUGUCUCUCUGUCAGUGGGCAAUUUUAUUCCCCAGCAAAUGUGGGGAGUUCUGAAUAGAGAAAUGGGGCCGAAUCUAAGCUUAUCAAUGGAGGUUUGACUUGCGGGCUAUAGAAAUGAUGCAAGCGUAUUUAUCCUGAAGGAACUUUGCCAGCAAAUAGCACCUGAUCUGAAAAGUGAACCUGUUUUAUUCAGGGGAAGAACCCCAAUUUAGAGGCAUGUGAAGGAAGCCCUCAGACCAUGGAAAUCCGAUGUCCCAUGAAGCGAUGUCUUAUGGGUGAUAAAAUAGCUUGUGUCACGGA